AUGGCCAAGGUCAUCUUCACCCCGUGGAAGGAGCAAUCCCAAUUACUGGUGGUGCGGAAUCAAUUCUACCCUCCGCCGCUAUACGAUGGCCCCGACAUGCGAUCCAGGGCCUGCGCCACAGUCAGCGCAUGGAAGCUGCGAGGCAACCUCCCCCAUCCCGUCGAGGCGACCGCCUUGUUAACGGAUGCGAUUCUCCAUGAUGACGCGCAGAAGAACUCCAUCUUCUCCAUUCGCGCGACCUAUGCGGCUGCUUUCUGUCGCUUCGUAACGGGCCUCGUCGACUCCAAGCUCGGCGGUGUCCGCCGGACCAUGUUCCAGCGCGCCCUGGACCUGGGCCUCCCCGCCUCGUUCGUGGAGCUGCGGCACGAGGCCACGCACCGCGAGCUCCCGUCGCUGACGGUGCUACGCAACGCGUCGCAGCGGUCCCUGGAGUGGCUGUGGGAUUAUUACUGGGCUAAGACUGAGGCGUCGGUUCCUGGCUUGGGGGUCGCAGGGGCUUCUUUGGCGCUUCGGGAUACACUGGAGCAGAAUGUGGCCGAGGGGGAGCAGCAGCAACCCCCGCGCAAGAAACGCAAGGUCCAGCAGCAUUUGAAAGCCGUUGCCGGUGAGGUGGUGUCGACGUGUCGGUCGUCGGGGCGCGGGGUGGCUGCUUUAUCGAGUGUGCUGGUGCAGGAUUCGUUCUUGGUUCUGGGAGGCCGGAGAAUGGGAGAGGCAAUGGCUGCUCAAUUCGACAUGUGGGAACCGUUAUUGCAGAUGAUCGCAGAUGCGCAGCCUACGUUUUUGUCGAGUCUGACGGAGGAGCUGGCCAAUGCGCUGGCGUUCACGGCGCGGCCGGACCAGGCGAAGACGGAUGUCCGCUGUGAAGGUGCCUAUUUGUGGCUGGACCACAUCUUGGGGUCGGCGCAGUGGGAGUCGCGGAGACGGCUGGUCUCGUAUGCGUAUAUGCUGGCCGAGAGGCUGGCGGAGAGACAGGACGAGGAAGCGCCGUCGGUUGAUGGCGAGGGUUCAGGGCGCACGACGAGGUCUGCUGCGACGACACGGAAGAUGGUGCACAACGCGGAUGUUUUAUACGCGUUGAAGCGCAUAGGGAUUAAAUUCCGUCCUACGAGGUUCAUCCACCCCGCAUCCGCCAGAGCCAUGCAUAUCCAAUCGAUUCCGAUGUGGACCGGGAAGGGCAACAACUAUGCCUACCUGGUCACCGACGAGCCCACCAAGCAGUCGGUCAUCAUCGACCCGGCCAACCCGCCCGAGGUGACCCCCGAACUAGAAUCGCAGAUCAAAGCCGGCAAGAUCGACCUCACGGCGAUCGUCAACACUCACCACCACUGGGACCACGCCGGCGGCAACAACGAGCUGCUCAAAACCUUCGGCAAGCUGCCCGUCAUCGGCGGCAAGGACUGCCAGUCCGUGACGCAGACGCCCGCGCACGGCGAGACCUUCCGGAUCGGCGAGCGCAUCGCCGUCACGGCCCUGCACACGCCCUGCCACACGCAGGACAGCAUCUGCUAUUUCAUGCAGGAUGGGGACCAGAAGGUGGUGUUUACGGGGGACACCUUGUUUAUUGGGGGAUGUGGUCGGUUCUUCGAGGGUACGGCCCCGGAGAUGCACAAGGCGUUGAAUGAGACGCUGGCGGCUUUGCCGGAUGAUACUAAGGUUUAUCCGGGACACGAAUAUACCAAGGCCAACGUCAAGUUCUGUCUGGCGGUGUCGCAGUCCGAGCCUAUCAAGAGGCUGGAGGCGUUCGCGGAGGCGAACCAGGAGACGCAGGGGAAGUUUACGAUUGGGGAUGAGAAGGACCCCGAGAUCCAGCAGAAGACCGGAAAGACGGACCCGGUUGAGGUGAUGGCGGCGUUGCGGGAGAUGAAAAAUGCCAUGUAG